GUUUAAUUAAUUUUGUGGUUUUAUUCAAGUGGUUAACUGUGCCAAAAUGACUUCCAGGCCGAGACGCAAACCAGGCAAGAAAGCAAAAUUGGCGAUGCAGAAUUUGCACAUCAGUCCCCGCUGUACGGUGCCCCAGCGCAUGGCACCCCCCCAACGCAAGUUAUACUUGGAGUCCCACAAGAAUCACACCCAGACUCAGAUCAAGAGCCAAACCUUCACAAAUCAGAGCUACAAUAGUGGCCGCCAUCAAUGGUAUCAUCCGUACCCGUACCAGGCGUACUGCAAUCGAGCCAAUCGCUUCAACAAGCUGGACAACGUUGGGGAUAACGAUCGCAAUCCGCAGUGGAAUCCGCACAGAAAAGGGUUCUACAAUUUUCGACGCCAUGGUGAGCAGAGUGUCUGCAAUAGCGUCCGCACUGGCGACUCAAAGGACUGGCGCUCCCAGAACCAGUUGAUGCUUGACUAUCCCAGCGAAUCGCAGGACCUCGAAUCGAGCAGCAAUCAAAGUCCAGUGACACAUGUAAAGUAUCCCAUUGUGCCGAUGCUCCUGGGCCCCUCGGACAACCGCUGCACGGCGGUAAGACCCAGGCUGAGCCACGCCCCUGGUGCCAACACCAUGAAAGCCACUGAAAGAGACAGCCCCCUACCCGCUGGCAUCGACUUCACGAUGGGCCUGGUGGCCAAACCCACGUGCCGUGCUACUCCCAUGGAACUCACGGCGAAGCGCUCAAAGCUGAAUGCCGCGGCACCCGAGUUCCAGCCUGGACUUCUGACAUCACAGGCAGCAGCGCAGGUUCUGCUGGGAACGCCAGUGGGACUCAACGCCACCAUGGGCAUGGACAUGGACUUUGUCCCUGGGACAAUGGCUCAGAGCUUCUUUGCCCCGCGUCCGUUUAAGCGCUACCACAAGCAGCCAAUGCCGGACCUAUUCCGCGCUGUGUUGGCUCUGGUGCGGGAUAGCAAACGGUCCGUCAGUUAUCCGGAGAUCAUCAAUACUCUUAUGAUGCGCCUCCAGCGACCGGAGUUGGAGCUGAAGCGCCAUGUGCCACACGCACUGCAAUUGGCAGUUCAAAAAGGAUACCUGAGCAAGCAGAGCAAUCGCUACGCACUGGUCUCGGAGAUGGAGCAUUUCGAUAUUAUGCGUCGCAACCACGAGGCCGAUCUACGUGCCAAGGAGCUCGAGAACGAGCCCCUCUCCUGGCGCAAGCGCUAGAAGGAUGUUCAAGAGGGGAGCAGCGAAAACCGGAGAUCUGACACAAACAGCAGUGGCGGUCUGCUUACGACUGCCCGCAAAACCACUAACAAAUACAAUAAUCACCCAGCACACACACACACACGUUCAAGUUCAAUGCCCCCCGAGAGGUCCGAAAUCAAUGUCAAGUCUGUCGCCGGACGAACGGCCAUGCAAAACAUUUUGUUACGUCAAGUCAAUUGGCGCCACGUAACGUUUCGUCACUGCAGCACACGGUUCGCCCAGAGUAGUAAAGAGGUAUCCCCCGACUGCUUUUGAUUUCGAUCUCUUUGGGCUUACGUAUUAAUUAAAUUUUAGUUUG